AUGGCGUCUCGUUCCGAAGAUCGACUGGAAGUGGUUAGAAAUACUGUUGCUGGCGGGUUAGUUGUCGGCGGAACAAUCGCGAUUGGAUACUUCAUCAUACCGAUACCAAUGCCGUCAUUGCCCACGGUCACCGAUCGCCUUAUAUUCGCACUGAGAUGUCAGAUUUUCAACGCUGUAUUAUUGUACGCAGGAAUACAGGUUAUCUCUUUGAAAAGAUUGUUUACCCAAGCAAUGGACCCUGUAUCAGGUCGCGGUCAACACCAUGUCGAAGUUCAUUGUCGUUAUGCACAAAACACUCUGGAAAGUCUGGUACUAAGUACGUUUGCAAACCUCGUCAUAAGUACGUACAUUGAGGAAACCAGCAUGAAAAUAAUACCAAUUCUUGUGUUUCUCUUCGUUGUUGGAAGGAUUACUUUCUGGAUGGGGUAUUUGCAGCACCCCAUUGGGAGGGCGUUCGGGAUGGGCGUGACAAUGUUUGGUACUUGGUUAUCGCUAUAUUAUGCGGUGUUUUGCGUUGUGUGGAGCGGACUGGGGUUCAGAUUACCGAUCGAUGGUCAAAUCGUCGAAUGA